UUGAGAUUUGAAACAAGGGCCAAUAAUUGGAAAGCCUUUUUAUGUAAAUUUGAUGCUUUAAGUUUUUCCCUUGACUCGCUGGACGUCUGUUAUUCCUCACCAUCCGACUCGUUUACUUGGAUUCAGUUUCUAUUCAGGACCUACCUGAUGCCGAUUACCUACCUAUUCGGAAUCUUCGCUAAUUCCAUAAACAUCAUUGUAUUCUCACAAAAAAACAUGCGCAGCCAAUCGGUUAACUGGUUCCUCUUCGUGCUGUCAAUAAGCGACCUCACAGUUCUCAUAGCCUCGUUCUUCGUAUUCUCCGUUCCUGUUUAUGCAGAAAUGACGAGUACGCGCAAUUUUGCAGGCAUGUCACGGACGUCGGCGUUAUUGCUACUCUGGUUCUACCCGCUAGCGCAAACAGGGCUUACGAUGUCCGUCUACCUCACCAUCCUCGUCUCAGUUCACCGCUUUGUUGGAGUCUGUCAUCCGUUUUUGAUCAGACGAGUGUCAAACUCAUCGACAGUGAAGGGUGUGAUCGCAUUCGCUGUUGUGUUUGCCUUCCUUUUCAACACCAGCAGAUGGUUCGAAUUACAGGCGAUGCCGUGCUAUUCCAAAGUACACGAAAGGUAGUGUCAUUAGUUGUCUACCCGACAAAUCUGAUGAUGAACAGCGUGUAUACGGUAGUGUACCGCAACGCUGCGUACACAAUGGUCAUGUUUUUCCUACCUUUUGCCAUCUUGACCUUCGUCAACUUACGGAUAAUUGCCACACUCAGGAGGUCAUAUCGCAAGACAACCACAAUUCGGCUUUUUGAGAAGACAUUCUCACAUCGAUCUUAA